UUUCUUAAUCAGUUGAAAUCCUUAAGAUUAAAUCGAUUUUGGCACAUAUGGCGUUCCAUAUUACUUAUUUGCAUGGCGUUCCAUAGUAUACUUUUUCUGGGAUUAGGGACUGGGAAAACAGUGAGUAUUUCGAGUGCAGGCACCACGAUUUCAUGGUGUAUGACGUAUUUAACAACUGUGAUUUCCGAUUGGCUAAUUACCGCGGCAUAAAUUAAAUAUGCUAAUUAUGCUUCCCCUCAGCCCAGCUAAUGAUAAGGAGGAUUCAGGUCAGCUCAGCUUGUGCACUGCGACGAGUGCUAGGCCCCUAUCACAAUUCGUCCAACCAUGCAGAAUGAUUUAGAUCGUGUUGUUUCUGUUUGGAACUGUCACAACAUUCGACGAAGCAAAAAUGAGAAUGUUCCGGAUGGAAGGCCUGUUGUAAUGUACACUAUGCCACUGCUAUAUGAAACAAGGGAUUACUUGAUUGCAACAGAACAGACUGAUAUAGAUGCCUGCUGCAAUGCAUGUACAUUCAGGGAAGGAAUUCCAUGUGAUCCAGAAAUGUAUGAAUUACUCGAAAUUUUGAAGGUUCACCAUGGACUCGAAUCACCUGCAGAUGUACACCAGGCAUUGGAUUUGUAUCAUACGCUGCGACCUAUUGUUUUGCAUGCAUUUAAUGAGCUGUAAACCAUUUCUCACACAGUUUCUGAAUAAGACUUGCCAUCACCCCCGACCUCAUAAUUGUAAAAAAAAAAAAAAGAUAUUGUAUCAAUACUAUAAUACUAAAAAAAAAACAAAAAACACCCUAUAAUUUAUAACUAUUGGUCGAAGCAUAUGAUACAAAUCCAAUAUUAUUUUUCUCUGGAUUACAUCGUUUCUGCAAUGCGAAGUUUGAUCAAUGUCAGUCAUAAACAUGGUUGUUUAUUUCUUUGAUGUAAAUGCCAAUAAUCACUUAUUUUGUGGGAGUUCUAUAUUAUAAUAUUCAGACAGAUCUCAUGAGUGGCUUUUAUACAGUAUGGAGAAAGUGUACCAUUUUAGCAAGAUUUGCCUAGGUCGAAACUAACUCCGACUAUAAAAUUGAUUUGAUGAUUACUUUCUGCAAGCACCAAAACGUUCGGAAAUAAAAAUGACUGAAAUGACUUGUU